AUGCCGCAGAGCUGCCUUCGAGUGGAGAAUGUUUGCCUCGUCCCGAACCACAAUCGAACAGAUGUGGGUCUCUGGGAUGGUGUGAUCGCGUGGAAUGCCACGAAGUUUCCAAGUCGCACAGCCUCCUUUCUCAUCGCAGCACCGACAGUUCAUGACAAAGUUCGGACUGCGUUGCAAACCUCACCGGAAUCGGAAGGCGCAGUGUGUGCCAUCAACAUGCGCGAGAUGUUCUCAGGUUUGGAAACCAAGCGUUGCUGCGAAGAAGAAACGGAGGCAUCUUGCUUGUCGUGUUGUGAAAAGCAUUUCAUAUUGCGGGGCCAGAAAUGCGUAGAUGUCUGCAGCACCAUGUGCUCUUUCGGAUGGUCUGGUAAUCAAAAAGUUCCGCAAUGCCCCGAGAAACUUGGUGCGGAAGAAGGCGGUGCUGAAGAGUGGUAUGCAGAAGAUCCAAUGAAAGACCGACCUCGGCCAGCAGUACCAGACACGAAAGCCGAUAACAAGAAGAAGGUGGACAAAGCCAUUUCGUUGGGGUUCUGA